AUGCCUCUUCUGGAAGACAGUGACCCUUCAAACGCCUCGGUCACUCAACAUGACCUCGAUGUUGAUCCCGAGAUCUUCGAUGUUCUGAUCAUUGGAGCCGGCCCCUGCGGCCUUGCUGCCGCUGCUCGCAUCAGAGAAGACGCACCAUCUGCCAUGUUCACGGAUGAAGAGCACAGUCGAUUCCACUGGCUGCGCAAGCACGGCACGAAGGUAGCCUUGAAGCAUUACAAAACUGGAAAGGAGGUACCUGUGUCACAGCCGCAUGCCAGUACGAAAUCGGAGUAUAGGAUUGCGGUACUGGAUGCUGACGACAGCAAAUGGCUCGGACGCUGGCGGAGGCUCUUUUCCACGUUCGAUAUUAGCCAUCUGCGAAGUCCAAUGCUAUGGCACGUUGACCCACAGCACAGGGACGCCAUGUUGUCACAUGCGCAUUUCCAUGGACGGGAGAACGAGCUGGUAGAAAUCAGAGGAUGUGUAGGGAAGGAGAUGAGCAAGCACAAGAGGAAGAAAAGAAGCCAGUUCAGCGGCGGAAGGCAGGACGCCUCGAUCGACAUCAACCAGCGGGACCAAUGGGACUACUACACACCGUCACUGUCCCUCUUCACCGACCACUGCGACUGCGUAGCUGAGCGCUACCACCUCCUGGAUGGUCUCGUCCACAAAGAGCCAGUCACAGACAUCCGAUACAGCAACGUAGAGGACAUUCCCAACGAUGAGGACAAGCUCUUCACCGUCACCACCGACAAAACCAUCCGCUACGCCCGCGCUGUGAUCCUCGCCGUCGGCCCAGCCAACGCCCCCGUCCUCCCCCAGAUUCCACGUCUCUCCUUCCCAGGCCACACCCACAGCGACCACAUCGCCUGCAUGCCACAAGCAUGCCAUAGCAUGAAAAUAGGCACAUUUCCCGACCCACUAGUCCAGGCCCGUGUCGCCGCCCACAAACGGACCAACAUCCUCGUCGUGGGCGGCGGCCUCACGUCAGCGCAGCUUUCUGACCUCGCCAUCCGCCGCGGUGUGACCAAGGUCUGGCACAUCAUGCGCGGCACAAUCAAGCUCAAGGCCUUCGAUGUCGACCUCCACUGGAUGGGAAAGUACAAGACGCUGCACCAGGGUUACUUCCACCAAGCGGACUCAGACGAGGAGCGGCUGGAGAUCAUCAAGGAGGCUCGGGGCGGCGGAAGCAUCACGCCUGCCUUCAUGAAGCGUAUCAAGCCGCACAUCGCUCGCGGCAACUUGAAGAUGUUCGAGAGGACUGUGAUUAACGAGGCACGUUUCGAGGAAUGCGUCGACGGCGAGGGCGGUAUGUGGAAGAUCAAGACGGAGCCGCCCAUCGAGGGUUUGCCGGAUAUCGAUUACAUCUACUUCGCUACAGGCAUUCAGUCCGACUUGACUACCUUGCCCUACCUGCAAACCAUGUUGAAGGACUACCCCAUCCAGAGUCUCGGCGGAUUCCCGUGUUUGAACGAUGAUCUGAUGUGGAAGGACGACGUGCCGCUCUUCAUGGCGGGAAGGCUUGCAGCGCUGAGACUGGGCCCAGCUGCGCCGAAUAUUGGUGGUGCGAGAGUGGGUGCAGAACGGAUCACUCUGGCCCUUGAUCAGAUCCUAUCCAGCAAAGGCAGUGAUGAGCCGAAGAGAUACUUGGUGGAGGAGGAGAACGUUCUGGACGCGCGACGCGAUAGCGGUGUCGGCUUGUUCAAUUACGCGUCCGGGACUGGUAGCAAGUACAGCAGCUUGGAGGAGGUCUCCGACUGA